GCGUAACAUCCGCCCGAGUACGCUGGUGGGUUCUUGUGUGGUAUGUACUGUACAUAUCAGUCACAACUGUGCAUAAAAGGCAGAAUUUUGUUGUUAGGAUUAUAUCGCAUCAUAUUUAAACUGUGACACACUGUAGUAAGUGUGUUUCAGGAAUUCAUAUGUGGAGAUACUCGCAUUAGAAUGGUUACGGUGCCGCUACUAUGCUAAUUUACGUUCGAUGCUAGCAGAAUAAUCACAAAAAGACAUGCUGAGCGACGGACUAGCCGGAGCCUCGGAAAGUGACAACCUGGUUAGAACCGAGGCGUCCGGAGACAAAGUGGAUACAUUGGAAGAAAGGACGCUGAGUGAUACAUCCUCCGACAAAAAGGAAGAGACAUGUGAGUCAACAGACAAGCAGGUUCCACAGGCCGAACCAUCGCCAUUACCCCUGGAUGGGCAUGCAUUUGAGGAGAUAGUCAAGCAUGAGCAGCACCAAGAAGCUGUUGGCGAACCGGACUGUCAGAAUAAUGGCAAGGAGUCAGCAGCCAAGGAGCCCAACACAUCUCUGCCCCAUACAGGAGGAACAGUUGGUUUUGAAUAUACUAUGAGAAGAUCGCGAAACGACGCUUCGCUGGUUUUAUUGACGCAGAAGUUUUUGAAGAUGCUAGAGCAAGCGAACGAUGGCAUUUUGGACCUGAACCUCGUCUGCAAGGACCUCAAGGCCUCCAAGAGACGCAUUUACGACGUCACAAACGUCUUGGAGGGGAUCAAACUCAUCCAAAAGAAGUAUAAGAAUCACGUGCAGUGGUUGGGCAGUGGGCGGCAAGACGAUAGAUUGCAAAUAGUAAGGCAGCUUGAUGAAGAAGAGAAGAAACUGGAUGAGCUGAUCCAAAGCUGCACACGUGAUAUUCAUCUGAUGUGUUUGGAUGACAGCACCGCCAGAUUUGCCUACUUGACCUAUGAGGACAUUCAAACCAUUCCCAGCCUCAGAGAGCAGACUGUGUUUGUGAUCAAAGGCCCCCCAGACACAGAAAUGGAGGUUCCGCACCCAAAAGAGAGCCUCCAGAUCCACAUCAAGAGCACUCGGGGCCCAGUUGAGGUGUUUUUCUGCUCAGACGAUCCUAUACCAAUGGAAGUCACAGACAGGGUCGCAGCCAAUGACGCCAGCGACAGCCACACGGCCAUCAUUAGUAACAAUGACUUGUUUUUAAUACACACUUCCUAUGCGCUGAUGCCUCUCAAAAGUGAGCCUUGUUUAUGAGGGUGCCUCAAAACACCAGAAUCGUCCGUCUCACCCCACAUUAACAAGAACUGUCGGAGCCUCAUCGCCAACCCCUUUUAACUGAAAAAAAUAUUUUUUUCAUCGACUUCAUGACACAGAAUGUACCCAGAAAGGUGCGCCUGGGAUUUAUUGGCGUCUAAUGUUGUUUUUGCCUUGGCUAUCAAGUCAAGAACUGUGUGUACAAUGUACAUUUUUGUAGUUACAAGAAGAUAGUAUUUGUGCUGUUAAUGUCAAAACGACAAUAAAUGCAAUGUUUGUGGAACGAUACUUUUAACCAGCUUUGAUUGGCUCACUGAAUUUAUACAAGCUAUACAAGCUUUGCUUUUUGUGUACAAGUUGAUUUUUCUUUUCUUUUUCAAACUUUAUUAACUGGAAAAAUAAAGAUGUCCAUUCAUCUAUCAUCUACUGCUUAUCCGAGGUCGGGUUGCGGGGCAGCAGCCUAAGCAGGGAAGCCCAGACUUCCCUCUUCCCAGCUCCUCCCGGCAUAUCCCGAGGCAUUCCCAGGCCAGUUGAGAGACAUAGGCUCUCCAAUGUGUCAUGGGUCUUCCCCGAGGCCUCCUACCAGGUUGGAUGUGCCUCCCAAAGGAGGCGUCCGGGAGUCAUCUUGACCAGUUGCCCAAGCCACCUCAUCUGGCUCCUCUCAAUGACAGUGCUGCUCACCUUAUCUUUAAGGGAGAACCCAGCCACCCACAGAGAAAACUGAUUUCAGCUGCUUGUAGCCACAAUCUUCCUUUUGGUCAGUAGCCAAAGCUCAUGACCAUAGGUGAGGGUAGGAACUUGAGAGCUUUGCCUUUUGGCUCAGCUCCCUCUUCACAACAGACUGAUGCAGAGUCCGUAUCGCUGCAGACGCUGCACCAAUUCACCUGUUGAUCUCGUGUUCCAUCCUUCCCUCACUCGUGAACAAAACCCCGGGGUACUUUUGAACUCCUCCAUUUGGGGCAGGAUCUAAUCCCUGACCUGGAGAUGGCACAUAUAAAUAACAUUCAUCCAUUUUAGCAAAGUGUACGCACAGCGUAUAACUUUAUUUUAUACUCAGCUCAGAGCUAGUGAAUAUACAAGUAUUGUACAAUAAAGACGUUUCAUUCACAAAAGUUCAUUUUACUAUAUGGCCACAUGCAUCUAUACAUACAAGGAGCAAGCUAAUGUGCUAAUAUAAUAUGUAAGGUGGGUUAAUAAUUUUUUUUCCUCCUAAGGUGAAGAAGCAUACAUAUCUCGGCGUGUUUCCGCUUCUGGACUUUAUCCCGCUGAGACUUUAUACUUUUCCUAUUAGUGCCCUGCCUCGCACGCGCACUUAAUGGGAUCGCCCCUGUAACACCGGAAGUCCAGUUGCCUGCCAAGGACGUCAAUUUCCCAGCCCGCGAAAGUUUUAAAUUCCUCAUCUCUACGAUGAAAUUUUGAUUUACAUAAAGUGAAGACAACGUCGAAUUGAAUCAUUAAAAUAGCCACAACGUGAUAGUUCAGCACUAUGGUAAAAUGUUCUAUUAAACUUGAGCUCAUCUUUUGCAAGCUACCCAACGCUAGCUUGCUAGCCUGAGCCUCUAUCUUUGUUUGGAUAAACGUCAUACGUCUCGUGAUUUUGCGUUUGUUGCGUAAAACGUUUAUGCGGCUUUUCCUCAAGUCGUUUUCCCGGUCAAUAACAUUGCUUGCAGGAUUACCAUUACUACUACAACAACUACUGCUAAUGCAGGAGGUGAGCAUCCAUAAAGGGGUACACCUUCAGGGGUGCACAGAUCAAAAUUAGGACUGUUUACCCGUCACAACGAAGCAUUCGUUUUUAAAUAGGUUAGUAAGUUUCUUUAUUGCCACUAGGGGGCAGUGUAUUCCCACAGAAACAUCCUGAUGGAAAACAUUAACUGAUGUUUUGCAACUCACCCUCCCACGUGUAGGAUUUGGUUCAAGCCUCAACAACAUCAGAGAUUCAGCAAUAAAAUGUGUUUUUCACGCAUAGAUUUGCGAUCGUGACACACACACACACACACACACACACACACACACACACACAUAAUAUUUGACGUUUUACAGAAAUCACAGUUUUAUGAUUAUUGCACUCAUUGUAUUGUGCUUUUAAAGACACUUCCAACGGUCUUUCAGCUGUUCAUAAUGGGAGGUUCCUGAAGAACAGUUGAAGGGGGACUUAGACUGAAAAUAAUCUGUCAAGUCAAAAGCAUGGCUUCUAGACUCCACAGUACAUUCACACACGUAUUAGAGACAAGUCAAAAGCAAAGUCAAUUGAUGCAUUUGCUGAUGAAUGAUAGCCAGCGUGCCUCGCCGGCUUGGGCAACAGAGCCACCUCGCCCUGGGGGACGGGGAAAGCGAGAAGGACGCAUCCGCCAACAGCACAGCGUGAGUCCUUAAUAAAAGCAAAAUGGGAGCAUUUGUUUGCAAUGCAGCUUUUUACCUUUUGAAAAAAAAGUCAUUUAAAAAUGAGAUUGCAUGUUAGUGAGAUCAGAAGUGUUUACAUUUUUUGUGUGCAGCAUCCUUUUUGAGCAGAUUGACUCUUACCAGUGUCUCUUCAGGGGCAUCCUUGCGCUCAGGCUGACCUUUUCUAGUUUUGGGUGAGUUCCUGAUGGCUGAAACUGAUUACAAUUCAUCCACUACCUUUUAAAACUGUGUUUUCUGAAGCCAGUUAAAAACUCAGAUUUGACUAAUAAUCUUGUUUGGGUUUGCCAACAUUAUUAAUUAUUAAGCUAUGUAAAAAUACAUUGUUUCUUUAUUUUGACAGGUUUCAUGGUCUUAAAUAAAGCUGAUCACAUGCAGCACAAAACAUGGAAGUUAUGCCUCAACCUGCCUGCCACUGAAUAUAUUGGUGGAAUUGUACAUCUCAUGUCAAUUUGUGAUAUAAUCUUUAAGGUCUGACACUUUAAGAGUCCAGUUUAGAAUCCAGUCAGAUCUGUUGCUACCUCUUUGUCUGCAACUUAAAAAAAAAAAAAAAAAAAAGCAACCUCAACCUGAUGAUGUAAUCCAUUGGGAAACUUUAGUACCCACAACCGUCCAUAGAUGGCAGUGUUGCUCCUCCAAACCCCCCAGAAACCGCCAUCAACCCAGUUCCCUACAAACAAGCAGCACACCCUGAGUUCACAGUCACUGGAUCACUGCAGUUAUUGAUUCAUGUGUGUUUCAGGUUUUUUUUUUGUCCCUCUUUAUGUGCCACAAAGAAAAAAAAACAACAGUAACUAUCGAAUAAGGUCUUAUUGAAUGAGGCCUGACGUCAGCCCGCCUCAAGAGGACACGGUUAAAGAUCAGUCAUUAAAGCUGUCAAUCAUCUGAUCAAUCUGUCGAUGGAGUUUCAUUUUUAGAGUGCAUUUCCUCGUCGUUGACAAACAAACAGCAGGAUGGCAACAAAAGAAAAACAGAUCAAUGAGCGAGGGCUAAGUCUCAACUUAAGGCCUCUCCUCAGGGGGUUUGGGAGUGCGGUCCACUCUUUAAACGCAUGGUGAAACAUACUGUCGCUCCGGAGUCGAUGACGCCUUCUCCCCUGGCCGGCCUGUUGUUUUGACUGCAACACAGGCAGUGAGUGAGACGACAUAAAAAAAUGAGUGUUAAAAUGGGAGCCUGAAAGUAAGUAAGAGAGAGAGGAGGGCGGGAGAGAACAUACAACUCGCUUCGCAUUGGCUAGUAAGAGUGCGGCGUCUUUUUUGCGUCGACCAAUGGGAUGCCUCUCCCAAUAUUUUGGGCUUAUGAAUGAAACGUGAAGUGAGAGAGGAGCAACACUGGAAUAGUUUGAUUCAUCAAGUCACCAAAGUACACCGAGGAGAUACAGCAUAUGCACUGGAGGGCCUCUUUAUGUCGACGCUAACAGUGGCAACACGAUACUUAAAAACAAACCUGCAGGCUGAGGUCGCCUCCGUGCUCACAUUUCAGUGAUGGCCUCAUGCCUGCAGAAUGAAUUCAUUGCACUUAUCCAGUUAGAAGAGAUUACUGUACACUCACUACCCACACCUCCUGAAUGUAAGGAUCCUGCACAUGAGCUAUAUAAAAAGGUCCACCGUAAACACAGUAUAAAGCUGCCAACACUUUGUGUAGGUUUGUGUGCCUAGUGUAAUGUGCAGAGAUGGGAAGGAUGUGGGGUCAGGGUUUGGCAAUCGGACGCUUUAGGAGAGAGGAAUAAUGUUGAUUGAGAUGAAAAGUGAGUACCAAAUAACCUGAAAAGCAUAACAAACAUCCCGUUGUUUUCUUUUUAGUCAUUUUUGUCACAAACACGACGGAGCCACCUGGGAGAGGGGCCCACAACAGCACCCGCUGCUUGUUGAAGAAGAGCAAUACGUGCUUGCAGGUCAGUCUCCAAAAGUCUGUUCACUGUUCAUUUGUCGCUCAUCGCUUUUUUGAAAAGACUUUCUAGAGGGGUCUGAUUACUCACUAAACACGGCAACAAAAGUCAAAUUCUACGGCAGACCAGGUGGGUAUGAGGUGUCUACUGCACAGAGUUAUAACAACAAGCCAAAUUCACAGACAGUCCCUUUAAGUCAGGGGUCACCAACGUGGUGCCCGCG